AUGGACAGCACAGUGACAAAUUCGCUGAACUUUUCGAACUUGGAAAGUCCGAAGUCGAGUUCUUCGUCGUUAUUCAACGAUUCUUCGUAUAGAUGGAAAAGAACACCUGAAAAAUCACUUUCAUUUGACGCCGAUGUCGAGAAUCUAGAAGUCUCAGAACCGUUCGUCAUCAAAUUUCACAACAUCAGCAAUGGAGAGCGAGGUCAACAACACAAAAUAGAUGUUGCGUGCCAGUUGGAUGAUUUCAUCGAAAUGCCCAUUGCGGAUGCCGGAAAAUGUUUGGAUUGUAUGACGGAUGACCGAAUUCAGCUCGACAACGUCGAAAUCGAAAUCAAAAUUUGCGCGCCAACCUCCAAAAUUGCUAUUGAAAAUGUCAUUCGAAGAUACAUUGAACGUCGUGAACGUUGUCGAACAAAUGUACCUGUGAAAAGAAUUGCACUCUUUAUUUAUGAUUUCACAUACGCAAAAGAACUGGCACCGAUCCUCGGAAGACUAGCACCUAAUUGCAUAAUUUUGAACCUGGGAAUUCCGAAAAUGAAAUCAUAUCCACUUCAACCAUCAAUGGAAUCUCGUUACGUGGCAGACUUCAUUUCCCAGUUUGUCGGAACAAGAAACACUUGUGAAACCCUUCGAGUGCUACGUAUCUUCAACUUCGUCAGUCUCGAUUCCCACCUACAGAAAGCUUUGUCGAAGUGUUCUCAUCUGCACCAUUUGACAAUUUCUAAUAUCGAUGAUGUUGGAUUAUUCGAAUUACCGACCAUCGAAGCGGUUUUUCUGGAUAGUUGUGAUUUUUCGAUAACAAUGUUUGAUGAGAUGUUUGCAGAGAAACAUCCUCGCCUGUUCCCCAAUGCCAACACAUUUGGAUUCUUACGUUGUCCAGUGGAGUUAUCUAUUCGAGCUGUCAAAGAAUGGUCCAUGGAUAGGAAAGCCGAUGAACGUACCGAACUGUUCUUCUACCAACCGGAAAGAGAUUUCAGAAAGUUUCUAUUCGAAACUAGCAAAUCAUUCGAAGUGGUAAAUGAUGAUAGAGAAUUGGAGGGAGAAAUUCAGAUAAAAGGUCACAAUGGAGGACCAUUAAUCACCGUUUUCAACAAAGAUCGUGUGUACAAAGCGACGACAAUACUGGAUGACAUUUAA